UACAAUAGUUAGAUCGCCGAUCGCUAGAUGGCGCCACAUUCUCGAAUUUCGUUGCGAAUCGCAUCUAUUUGAAAUCAUAAAAUGGCCGCGACUUGCAAGCAAGGAAAGAGUAAAGUAAAUUUAAUUUCUCGUAACAGUUGCUGUGCAAAGUGUAAAUUGACAAAAUUAGCAGUGAUUCGACCACCGAUCCCUCGAGUUUCAUCCUUCCAGUUUCCUGUAAUCAGAACUUGUCAAGAAUUACCGGCCACCAGUUGCAUCCAAGGUUUAUCCAGUGGACCUGAAAGAGGGAAAAAUAUCUCUUAUCAAGCCCAGCUUGCAACCUCGCAUGGAGCAGAGAUGAUGGCAGAAUCCUAUUGUUCUUACGAAGAUUUGCGUUCCGAUGAAGCCUGCGUUUUACUUCACAAGGGGCCUGAUAUUUUGGAAGCAUGGCUUUACUCUUUGUCAUCCGAUUGCCAGUCGUGCCCUUUCUCUCGAGUUGCACGAUUCUCAGAUCAGGGAGAUACAAGUGUGAAGUUUGACACCGCGACUCAAAAAAUUUGGAGAGUCUACGGAAAUGGCGAGAUUAAGCACAUUUCUGCGUUGAAUAGAAGUAAUUUACUAUGCGAGACGGUCCCCAAAUUGUGCCAAUUUGGCACGUACAAACUCGAUGUCAAUAACGAUAGCUGCCAAGUCACCACAAUUGAACAACCAACGGAUCCAUACAUACCUCUCCUGAUCGCAUUCAGUGCUAUCGCGAUUUUCCUGUUCGGUUUCUCUCUCGUACGAAUAAUCGCUAAUUUGCUGAAAAAACGAUUUCGGAAACAAGUAGAGUCCGAGGAACCCAACAAGAGCACCGGAAAACCAAGAAUCAGAUCCAUCGAUACAUUUAGAGGGAUCAGUAUAUUAUUUAUGAUUUUCGUCAACGAUGGAGCCGGAGGAUAUUAUAUCUUGAAACACGCCGUUUGGAAUGGCUUGCUCAUUGGCGAUUUGAUUUUCCCGUGUUUUGUAUGGAUCAUGGGAGUGUGCAUUCCCAUGUCGAUUUCUUCCCAACUUUCUCGUGACACUUCUCGACUGUCGAUCGUUGCACGUAUCUUAGAGCGAAGUAUUUAUCUCUUCGUUAUUGGAGUGUCGCUAAACACGCUAGGCACGGAUGCGCAGUUGGAAAAAAUUCGCAUAUUCGGCGUACUUCAACGAUUUGGUAUCGCAUAUUUAAUAACUGCUUUAUUGUACACCCUGACGACACGUCGCAAUGUCGAGGAAGCCAAGAGUCCGAUAAUUCGGGGAUUAGGCGACAUCGUGACUCUUCUUCCGCAGUGGAUCUUGAUGUUAAUAAUUAUUGGCGUCCACACUGGCUUAACAUUUUAUCUGCCAGUUCCUGGUUGUCCGACUGGUUAUUUGGGUCCUGGAGGUCGACACGAAGACGGAAGGUAUUCCGAAUGCGAUGGUGGAGCUACAGGAUACAUUGAUAGAUUUUUGUUAGGCAGAGAUCAUCUUUACCAAUUUGCGGAAAUUCAGCAGGUUUACGGAUCGGGUCCCUUUGAUCCCGAAGGAAUACUGGGCUGCCUCACAUCGAUUUUCCAAACUUUUUUGGGCGUCCAGGCUGGGAAGAUAAUAAUCACCUACAAGGACGGGAGAAAUCGGAUGAUCCGAUUAUUAAUCUGGGCUAUUAUUUGCGGAUGCAUCGGUUCUGCUCUUCAUUUCAGUGGAGCGAUCCCUGUCAAUAAAAACUUGUGGUCUUUAUCAUUCGUAUUCACCACCAGCUGCUUUGCGUUUGCACUGUUUGCAGUGUGUUACUUUUUUGUGGAUGCUGUCAGUAUCUGGAGAGGUGGUCCAUUCCGAAUUCCAGGAAUGAACGCUCUGGUGAUGUACAUCGGUCAUUACUUGUGUUACCAAAUUUUCCCAUUUCACUGGAAGUAUGGUAAAAUGGCCACCCAUGAAUGGCAGCUGGGUGAAGCUUUAUGGGGUGUUUCUCUGUGGACCCUAGUAGCAUACAUUCUUCACCGUAAACGGAUGUAUCUAACACUGUAAAUCAAUGAAAAUGCUGCAUAAAAUGCGAAACGGCUCUUAACAUUACACAUCGAGCCGUUACAAAGUAGAAAUAGAGUUUAGUUUAAUUAUACAUUUUUUAGGAAGCGUCUGUAAAUAGUUUUAACAUCUCGAAACAUAACAAAACCCUGUGCACUUGUUUCGCAAGGUAUUUCGGUAUCGAAAUCGUUCUUCAUUCCCUCGUAUACAAUAUUUAAAUUGUACACAAUUACCGAGUUCGUCCUUGAAAUAAUUAAAAUACAAAUGAGAAUCUCCCCGAA